ACGCGAAGCCCUUGAUAUCACGCAUCCUUUGAUUUAUCUACCUAGCACUUGCCAAUUCGGCUGACGCGACUUUUCCUUUUCUUCCUCUUCGUCCUACAGCAUCCCAGGGCACAAGCCUUGCGAGUAACGCGAGACACGUCUCCCUCGUUGGACAUCACAACAACAACAACAAACAAGCUCGGCCGGGUUGAGGCAUCUCCCUGUAGUAUCACAGGCACGAUGUCCAAACCUUUGACCCCCGAGAAGGAUGGCCUUGGGGCUUUCCAAGCCUUCCAUUCGACAUUUGCUGCCACCCACCGUCUGCGCCACUCCCCAUCGUAUUCCCCCGUGGGAGGUGAAGAGUUGGUUCCGGCCCCCUUGAAGCCGCAUAAGCUGCAGCGGAGUCAAUCCAGGGGUGGGCUCCGCGCCAUGUUCACCCGGAAUAAGAGUGAGAGCAGCGCGGUUCCGGUCGUCGUGGAGGAGGAGUCGCUGCCACCCAGGCGGUCUUCCGAAGGCAGGAUAACACCAGGAGCCACCCUCUCCCGGACGGGUUCGGGCCGGAAGACGGCGCCCCGGUUGACACCCGCUGCCCCUCCGCCCCCGAAAUUAGCCACGAAAACUUCGCGCCUGAAUCUGAGGUCGAGAUCGAUGAAUGACGCCAAGGCCGUACCCAUGCCGCCUCCCCAAACCCCCAAGCCCCCGCCGAGACCCGCACCUGCACGCACGUGCGCAGCCUGGGACCCUCCACCUCUCUUCCAAGCAUAUGCCCAAGCGAUCAAGCAUGCACAGCUUUCAGCCUCAACUCUGUCGGCGGACGCCAUCCUCCGCCUCCGAAACCACAAGCGGAACAACAGCCUCCGAGGCGAAGAUGGCCGGCGGGACGGGGAGGUGCAGGGCCAAGCGGCGGCCAGGAGGAACGAGAGGGCGAGGAGCAAGCAUCGGAGACAGCUGUCGGGUUCCAUGUCCAGGGCGGAAUGGACCGAGAAGGUCUUCGUGCUGGUGCCAUCCGGAUAUCUGCUUCAGUAUUCAGGGGAAGGGGCAUUUGAUCGACUCCCGGAGAAGAUGCUGCAGCUGGGGAAGGACUCGGUAGCAUUCGCCAGCGAUGUCAUCCCGGGCCGGCAUUGGGUUUUGCAGAUCUCGCAGUCGAUGGAUGCCGAUGGCACCCCUGCCGCCGACUCGAGAUCCCUCUUGUCGAGACUGACUUUCCGAGGCGCAGAGUACCGCCGCACGGCCACCAGUUUCCUCCUAGUCCUCGACAGCGCCGAGGAGAUGGACUCGUGGAUUGCCGCCGUCAGGAGGGAGAUCGAGGCGCUUGGGGGCAAGAGACCCGCGCCGGAGACGGGGAGGCACAAGCCGGACGAGAAGGUGGUGCAGUUGAAGAAGCGGCCGAGCCGCGGAUUUCUAGCCCGCCGGAAUCCCGAUCCGCCUUCCCUUCCCUCCACCCCCCUGACACCUUCUUUCGCGCCGCCGCCGUGGAGGCUCGACGAUGACCCCAAAACACAACUGAAAGGUCCCGCUGCCGUGUCUGCAGCUCAGCCACCUCCAUCGCCUGGAACUUUCACCGACCAUCGAUCUAUCUCGAACAGCUUUACGUCUCAAGAUGGUCGCCACCUUGAGACCUUGCAAGAGGUCCACUCCCGACUAUCAUAUAUGUCGUCGGGCCAGCCGACGUUGAUCACAUCGCAGGACUCAUCUGCGGCUAGUUCCCCCACCCGUGAGAGCGUCUCCUCCUUGGACGACUGCUCCCCGAAGCUCUCGGAUGACGAGGUGCGGCCGAGACCAAACGGGUACGCUAUCAACGAGCGACGGAGAUCUAUGCAGACCAUGCAGAUAGUGAUUCCUGGAGACGAACAGUCAGGGAGCCCUCAUCCGCAUGUUUCUUCUGGUGGGCCUGGUAGAUCUCCCAGGAACGAUUCCCCAACGAGGCCCAACUUCAGUGUUCCUAUGUCUUCGAGCCGAUAUUGUCCCGCGAAAAGCUCGACAAAUGAAGCAGCGCCCCCACCACCAACUCCUGUCAUGCUCCCAGUCACCCCGAGUCAGACGAUGCUCAAGGGAACGAGAAAAGCACCCCCCGCGGCUCUCGAUGUCGCUCGAUCUCUUAGCCCCGUCCGGGGUUCUCCCUCGCCCGAGCGUACAUCUCCGCUCGUCCAUACACCUACCAAUCCGUCGUUCAGGAAGCUUCAGGGGAUGAGCGCCUCGACCGGUGACCUCUCACCCAGAUCGCUUAAUCCACCUACACCCACGGAGCAUCCCCAGCGCCGGUCCAGCCUAGUCCCGCUGGAUCCGGGGUACAUGUCGCGCUUGGACUUCCAGUUCCAUCGCCCAGAUACAAGCAUGGGGACUCUCCACGAGGCCCCUCGUAGCCCCAUUGAGGAACCAUCGAGACCAGCCCCUCUACCGCCUGCCGAUGUCAUCAGACAGGUGCCGGUUCCAUCAAAUGACCUCCCAGAUGAGAAUACAGAGCCCCAGGCGGUCACACCAGUCAAAAAACAAAUCCUCUCCCCAUUUCCCACUCCCCCAAAGACAAGUCCCAAGAAGCCUCGGGCACGCCGUCCCAUCAGUCUGCAACGUCCCCUAAGCAUACAACGUCCUAUAAGCGCGCAAAACAAUGCCCUUGCCCCCCAACAGUCCACGCGCCCCCCCUCCACCCAACGCAAACCCGUCAGAGCAACACGCCUCUCCCCCAAACGUCUCGCUCCCUCCCCGGUCUUGAUUGGCACACCUCCUGAUGACCGGCCUCUCGCACCCGCGCCUAUCAUGCGCAUCCCUCCCAACUUUGAACGGCUGAAGACCCAGCCUGGUCCCAAGCUGUCGACCCGCAAGAGCAUGCCCACGCUCGUCAACGGUCCGCCUCCCGCCCCUCCGCCAGAGUGCGCGCUGCCGCCGCUCCCGCCCGGAAUCGGUGGCAGGCGUAGCGCCAGAAGCUCGCGGGGCACUAUCAGGGUGUAAUCGUCCCCCCUGAUGAUACACGAAUGGACCAUUCUUU